AUGACUAUUGACAUCCGUGUUUAUCAAGAACAAAAAUGCUUUCAUCAUUUUUGUGAGGAAUCAUCGACUAGAGGUUCUAUCGUUCUUAUUAUUGUAGUUAGUUAUUCAAAGAUGGUAAAAAAGAAGAUUGAUAAUAGAAUUAGAACACUGAUUGAAAAUGCAGUGGCAACCAAUCAUAGAUCUUUCUUUGUAGUUGUAGGUGACAAUGGUAAAGAUCAAGUACCAAAUCUUCAUUAUAUAUUAAGUAAAUCAGUAGUUAAAGCACGUCCAUCUGUAUUAUGGUGUUAUAAAAAAGAAUUAAGUUUUUCAAAAUAUAAACAAAAGAAAAUGAAAAUGAAAGAAAGAAUGAAAGCAAAUGGUACAUCUUCAACCAACUCUGAAGAUCCAUUCGAUGUAUUCAUUUCGACUACCAACAUUAGAUAUAGCUACUAUUCAGAGACACACAAGAUUCUGGGUAAUACAUUUGGAAUGUUGGUUCUACAGGACUUUGAAGCGAUCACUCCCAACUUGUUGGCUAGAACCAUUGAGACUGUCGAGGGAGGUGGAUUGGUAGUGUUACUUCUCAGAACAAUGACAUCGUUGAAACAACUCUACACAAUGGCUAUGGAUGUUCACUCUCGUUUCCGUGAGGACGACGAGAAGAACAAUGUUGUCAAUCGUUUCAACGAGCGUUUCCUCUUGUCGCUCGCCAAGUGCAACCAAUGUUUGGUGAUGGACGACGAACUCAAUAUUCUGCCAAUCUCGACGAGUUCGCGAACCAUCGUGCCUGUCAGUGCACCCGAGACCAACGAGGAGAGUGAGUUGCGUGACUUUAAGCAGUCGGUGCGCGACACUGACGUCGCCGGCGAGUUGAUCGAAGCGACACGUUCUCUCGACCAGGCACAAGCAGUCCUACAGUUUAUCGAUGCAAUCUCUGAGAAAACUCUGAGAUCUACUGUUACGCUGACAGCGGGUCGUGGUCGUGGAAAGUCUUGCUGCACUCGGACUGGCGAUUGCCGGUGCCGUCGCAUUUGGUUAUUCCAACAUUUUCCCGAGCUCGUAGUCAUUGACGAAGCCGCCGCUAUUCCACUGCCCUAUGUACGUUCGCUUCUCGGUCCAUACCUUGUCUUCCUUUCCUCCACGAUCAACGGUUACGAAGGAACCGGUCGUUCUCUCUCGCUCAAGUUGAUCCGUCAACUUCGUGAACAAUCGGGAACCAACGCAGUGAAUAACACCGCCGUUUCAACCGGUCGUAUUCUCCGUGAGAUUCAACUGAACCAACCGAUUCGUUAUGCAGCGAACGACCCGAUCGAAUCGUGGUUGAACAACUUGUUGUGUUUGGACGCAACUGUCUCGCAAUCGCAAAAAGUUGGAUCCAAAGGUUGUCCACAUCCCUCGAGUUGCCAGCUCUACUAUGUCAACAGAGAUACACUGUUCUCCUAUCACAAAGCAUCGGAGGCAUUCCUCCAGCGUCUGGUUGCACUGUUCGUAGCCAGUCACUACAAGAAUACACCGAACGACUUGUUGUUGAUGGCCGAUUCACCGGAUCAUCAUUUGUUCAUCCUGCUCGGCCCAAUGGAUCAGCAAUCGGACGAUGGACUACCAGAGAUUCUCUGUGCCGUCCAAGUCAGUUUGGAGGGUGAGAUUGCACGUGAAGCCAUCAUGAAUAGCAUCAAGAAGGGAUACCAAGCAAGUGGCGACUUGAUUCCAUGGACUUUGACACAGCAAUUCCAAGAUGAAGAUUUCCCAAGGCUGUCGGGUGCGCGUAUCGUUCGUAUCGCCACACAUCCCGACUACCAAAAGAUGGGAUACGGUAGCAAAACACUUGAGCUUCUCACACAGUACUAUCAAGGUGAGAUUCCAACUGUCGAUGCUGAAGAUGAUGGAGACGAAGAUGAAGAAGAUAGCAAGCCAACUGCAGAUGAAUCCUCUGGAAAUUUACAGAGUGAAGUUAUUAGACCAAAGAAGAAUCUACCACCAUUGUUGUACAAAUUGACUGAACGUAAACCAGAGUUGCUUCAUUAUAUGGGUGUUUCCUAUGGAGUCACCAAGGCACUCUAUCAAUUCUGGUCACGUGCUAAAUACUUGCCAGUCUACAUCCGACUGACCACCAACGAUAUCACCGGUGAACACACAUGCAUUAUGUUGCGUGAGUUGAAAUCCGACCAAUCGAAUGUCUCGGCAAGUGACAACUGGCUGUUCUCUUUCUACCAAGAUUUCCGUAAGAGAUUUAUCAAUUUGCUUGGCUACGAGUUCCGUAGCUUCGAGUCGGCACUCGCCCUGCAAAUCCUCCAGGACGUUCAGUCCCAAACUCAACCGACAACAGCCACCCUCACCAACAGUGAACUCGAGCUGAGCCUAUCGUCCUACGAUAUCAAACGUUUGGAAUCAUUCGCCAAUAACAUUGUCGAUUUCAAUGUGAUUAUCGAUAUGCUUCCCACCAUUGGAAAACUGUUGUUCCGUGGACAGAUCAACGAUGUUCGUAAUAACAUCUCGAACCUCCAGACAGCGGUGCUCCUCGCCAUGUCGCUCCAACACAAGACCGUCGACCAGUUGGCACAGGAACUCGGACUCCAACUGAAUCAAAUCCACUCGCUUUUCGCUCAGACCAUUCGUAAGGUUCACCAGACAAUUCGCGACAUCCGUGAGCGCGCCAUCGAGGAGCGUCUGCCCAAGCCAAAGAUCAAGUCGGUGCGUACCGGUCAGUUGUCGUCGUUCAAGGGUGACAUUGAUGCUGCCGACGACGGUGAUAUCUCAAUGAUUCCAAUCGCCGAGAACUUGGAUGACGAGCUCGAGAAGGGAGCAAAAGAGGUGAAAGCGAAACUCGCUGCCAAGGCACUGGAGGACGACAAGGAUCUCGCCCAGUACUUGGUGCAAGGUGACGACGAAGAGUGGAACAAAGCAUUGAAAUCCGGAAAGAUUCCCAACUCUGUUUCAAUCAAAUCACAAAAACGUAAACAAGACAGCGACGACGAAGCAGACGCCAAACCAUCGAAAAAAGAGAAACCAACCAAAAAUAUUAAAAGACCAAAUUUACCAACAACACAACAAAAAAAGAAUUUUAACAACAAAUCAAAAUCACCAUCAAAAUCAACAAUGACGAAAUCAAAGAAAUAA